AUGGAAAGUAAUUGGACACUCAAAGACUGGGGGUUGGGGGUCAUCCUUGCUCCCAAUUUUAAUAGGAAGUUAAUUAGAUGGGCUCCUCUGCAAGGUGAUUGGGUCAAACUAAACAUUGAUGGAGCUUGUAGAGGGAACCCUGGAUCAAUAGGAAUUGGAGCAGUCAUCAGAAAUUCCUUGGGGAUAUUACUAGGAGGGUUAUAUGGGAGCUUGGGACUAGCCACAAACAAUGAAGCAGAAAGCAGGGCAUUGGUAGCAGGACUAGAUUUAUGUGUACAAAGAGGGUUGGACAAAAUAUGUUUUGAAGGAGGCUCACAAAUUAUAAUCAAUGGGGUUUCCAAGUCAAACAUCCUCAAUUGGAAACUCGGCAAGUGGGUACCUCAUAUUAACAAGGCUCUAGAAUCCAUCAACUCAUUUGAAUUCAAACACACAUAUAGAGAAGGGAAUAAAGUGGCAGACCUCCUAGCCAACAUGGGAAUUGAGAAGAAUAAUGGUACAAUUAUUUUCAGUAAUGAGGAUGCUGAUCCAGUGGUACUGAACACUAAUUUGAGUGAGAGACUAGAAUGGCAGUGUACAAGGAUUGGAUAG